AUGAAGGUAAUUCCAUUGUUCGUUUAUUUUACCGAAAUCUAUCUGCAUUGUAGUAGUGCGAAAAAAUCUCUUGACUCGCUAACAACCGGUGCCGCUGCCGCUUUAGCCCUUACAAGGCUAAUCACACCUCGUAUCCACCGAGAAGAAUUACUCGAGAUAGUCACCUCCACGAUGGACGAUUGGGCCAUGCAGAAAGAUAAGAAAAUUCGUUGGAUCAUGGAGAAAUAUGCGACAAUGUCAACGCGAGUGACGGUGCUUACUUUCAUUCUUGUGGGUAUCAUAGUAGGUGUUUACGCCGCUAUGGCGAUAUCAGCAGUUAUCGUGAAAACGGGUCGGCUUGAUCAUGAAACUGACAAUGUGAGCGUAAGCCAUGAGAACAGAAGUCAGUUCUGUGUACUUCGAACUACGUCGCUGCAAAAGGCAUUUAUAGUCAUUCAGGCGAUACAAGUGUUCACUACUGGUGUAAUAACCUUCGGUAUUACCAGUUUUUUCUUUGGACAGGUCAUGCAUCUGUGCGCCCAGUUUGACGCAUUGAGUAUCAAAUUAUCCGAAUUCCGAUUUAGCGAGACACGAUGCGCGAUAGCCGAAGCGGUCCAAAGGCACUGUCAACUUAUCCGGCUGACGGAGUGUAUGGAGGAGUCCUUCAAUGCGAACGUUUUGAUGUACUUAUUCGUUACGAGCACUGUUAUGUGUACAGAUGGGUAUAUGUUAAUCGCAUCGUUACCUCUUCGCAAUUUAUCUAUGAUUAUACAUAGCGCCAGUGUCUUACUUCUUAUGCUGAUUCAAUUGUCGUUCUACACGUUUGCCGGAGAUUACUUGGAGAUGAGAAGCACCGCAUUGUGUUAUGCUAUCUACGAUUGUGAUUGGUAUGAGCUGCCGGCUAGUGUAGCCAAAGAUUUCCAGAUUAUUCUAAUGCGAGCCAGUAUUCCUCAUCAAUUGACAGCUGGAAAAUUCGUGGUCAUGAAUAUGAUGACAUUCAAAGACAUCUUAAAGUCCACGGCAUCAUAUCUUUCGGUUUUGCGUGUUAUGUUAGAUGAAUAA